UAAAUGAGAUACUGCUACGCAGCACCUAGCUCAGGGCCCAGCACACCAUAGUUGGCAAAUAAAUGCUUAUUGUUAGCUUGCAUGCCUGAUCCUUUACGCCCACUACUAGCCACUGUCACUGAAGUGGAGUAGUCACCUACUGUGGGCCCAGGACUUCAGGUCCUCUUGAGAUGUUCAGCUUCCUGACAUUUUAGUGGGAUCCCUGCAGGACAGAAAAGGAACACCAGAGAGGGCAACAGCAUUGUGGGCAUUGUGACUGAAUAUCAGGGUGCGGGUAGGAAGAGGCAUUAAAUUAAUGUGGCAUUAAGUUAAGCCACUAGUUAUGCUCAUCAAAGAAUGGCCCUCAGAAAUGCCAUGGCCAAUCUGUGCGUGUGUGUCCCAAACACUGGGUAUUCAGAGGCCACCCAGAUCUGUGGUGAAAGGGGUCCUUUAGAGUGAUCCUGUUCCCUCUCCACCAACUGCUGACACGUGCCUGGGGUCAACUAGAGUCCAGAUGACGCUCAUGCCAAUGGCUUCAGUGAUGGCGGUGACCGAACAGAAAUGGGUCCCGGUCUGGGGCCGUUUCCUGUGGGUGACACUGCUGAGCAUGGCGCUGGGGUCGCUGCUGGCCCUGCUGCUGCCACUGGAGACCAUGGAAGAACAGUGUUUGGCUGUGCUGAAAGGCUUCUUCCUGCUCAGGAGCAAACUGGACAGGGUGCAGCACGCCGUCACCAAGUGCACCAGCCCGUCCACAGAGCUCAGUGUCACCUCCCGGGAUGCAGGGCUGCUGGUGAUCAAGACCAAGGCGUCUCCAGCAGGGAAGCUGGAGGCCAAAGCGGCCUUGAACCAAGCCCUGGAGAUGAAGCGCCAGGGCAAGCGGGGCAAGGCCCACAAGCUCUUCCUGCACGCCCUCAAGAUGGACCCGGACUUCGUGGACGCGCUCACCGAGUUCGGCAUCUUCUCGGAAGAGGACAAGGACAUCAUCCGGGCCGACUACCUGUACACCAGGGCGCUGACCAUCUCGCCCUUCCACGAGAAAGCGCUGGUCAGCCGGGAUCGGACGCUGCCGCUGGUGGAGGAGAUCGACCAGCGCUACUUCAGCAUCCUGGACAGCAAAGUGAAGAAGGUCAUGUCCAUCCCCAAGGGGAGCUCGGCGCUGCGCAGGGUCAUGGAGGAGACCUACUACCACCACAUCUACCACACGGUGGCGAUCGAGGGCAACACGCUCACGCUCUCGGAGAUCAGGCACAUCCUGGAGACGCGCUACGCCGUGCCGGGGAAGAGCCUGGAGGAGCAGAACGAGGUCAUCGGCAUGCACGCGGCCAUGAAGUACAUCAACGCCACCCUGGUCUCCCGCAUCGGCUCCGUCACCACCAGCGACGUGCUGGAGAUCCACAGGCGGGUGCUGGGGUACGUGGAUCCAGUGGAAGCGGGCAGGUUCCGGACGACCCAGGUGCUGGUUGGACACCACGUCCCUCCCCACCCGCAGGAGGUGGAGAGGCAGAUGCAGGAGUUCAUCCAGUGGCUCAACUCGGAGGACGCGGCCAGCCUGCACCCGGUGGAGUUCGCGGCGCUGGCGCACUACAAACUCGUCUACAUCCACCCCUUCAUCGACGGCAACGGGAGGGCCUCCCGCCUGCUGAUGAACCUCAUCCUGAUGCAGGCGGGCUACCCGCCCGUCACCAUCCGCAAGGAGCAGAGGUCUGAGUAUUACCACGCGCUGGACGUCGCCAACGAGGGUGACGUGCGGCCGUUCAUCCGCUUCAUCGCCAAGUGUACCGAGACCACCCUGGACACCCUGCUCUUUGCCACGACCGAGUACUCGGUGGCGCUGCCAGAAGCCAACCCCAACCAUUCUGGGUUCCAGGAGACGCUUCCUGUGAAGCCCUAAGCCCUGGUGACAAGGGAAGGUAGGAAGUCUGGGGUCGAAGAAGCUCAGCAUUUCCAGAAACCUAGUCAUCUCCAAAAGCAAAAUGAGACUUUUAAACACUCUUUACCUCCAAAUGUUUUUUGGUUAAAAGAGAAAAAAAAAGGACUAAAUUAUUAAGCCUUAGGCUCUUUAAGAUAAUUUAUAAUUCAACGGAGUUAUUUAUUUUCUUCUUUUGAGCAAGCUAGUUAUGCGUGGUGUCCACUGUGGCUGUGCGGGUGGCCGCUCUCUGGGUGGUGGUCCCAGCACACCGCAGGAGCAGCCAUGUUCCUGAGUGGCCGGAACGCAGGUUCUGGAGCAGAAUUUGCACUAAGGUUGGGGAGAGAGGCCGAGUCUUUCUCUGAAAGUGGCUGUGAGCGGUUUCCUAUGGGAUAACGGCGCUGCCGUCCCUAGUUGAGACACUUGUUAUCUCCAGGAGGCUCUCUGGGCCACAGUUAAUUUGCAGGCUGGAGUGCCAGAAGCCAUUUUUUCAUACUGAGACUCUUUUUCUAACUCAGGAGAGGUGGUGGCCAGCUUAGUUCCCUUUAUUCGUCACUUUCUCUUGCACUUUGCAGCAGCUUGGACCAGAGGUUUCUUCCGGGCUGAACCCCUCUGGGCUGCCACCCGCUGUGCCACGCUGCAGGGUAGGUCAGCCCUGCCCUCCCUCUCCGCAGAUUUGAGAGCGCGUAUCUGAGGAAGGUGCCACAUCAACCUGUUAGCUUUUCUGACAAGGAGCUGCAGCCCUGCCCCAUUCAGGACGGGUCCCUCCGUCACGUGCCCGCACACUCAGCCCGGCCCACCUCGUAGCCUCCCCUGGAGGAAGUGGAAGACUGCCUCCGAGUGGCCUUACUUUCCUAGCAGCCUGCAAAACGACAGUGUCAUAUGUAACGUGGCCAGGUUUCCCAGCUGUCAUCGUUCAGAAAUGACUCUCUCUUCAAUCACAUACGGCCCACUGCCAAGUGGACCGCUGCUAGUUAGCCUCAGAAUGGCCGAAAAUCACCAGCUUCCUUUCCCAGGGACGGAGCCUGCCGGCUCUACCGCUGCACUGCACCUGGGCGGCGUCUGAAUGGCGGGGAGGAUCAGCCUUGUGCUACCUCUGAGUUUAGGACUGGGUCCUGCAGACAGUAGCAAGCGCUUAGUGACCCACUUGUAUAAAUGGCACAGUCGUUUUCUGAGGUUUGGGAAGAUGAGUGAAAGGAUGUGCCGGCUCAGUCCACCCGCACGCGCCCACGGGGUUGAGAAGCACACCAAGGAAGCCUGGCAGGCGCGCGAGCUCCCUCUAGCAAGAGAACUGCACUUUAGCCAUGUGUGAAGGAUGUUGUUUUAACCAAUUCCUGGUUCUAAUAAAGUAUUUUAUUACAUAAAUGUUUGC